GCGUCGAUCAUUUGAAGAUAUCGGAUUCUCUAAAAAAAAGAUUUUUCGUUGACUUAUUUUUCGUGAUUUUCGGAUGUGGUUCAUAAAAGUUUUUUGUCCUAGUUUUUGAAAGUUGGGAAAGAAGAUUCAUACAAAUUUGCAAUAAAUAAUUAUUAAGUAAAUUUGCCGCAGAGCAGAAAAAAAAAUGGAAAUUAAAAUGAAAAGUUUCAUGAUUUUCAUCGCGAUUCUCAUACUGGGACAGUCAUCAAAUGGACAUCGAAUUUUGGGAUUGUUUCCACAUCCCGGAUUUUCACACUUUCAUUUCUUUCAACCUGUAAUGUAUGCACUUGCUGAAGCUGGUCAUGACGUUACUGUUGUAAGUCAUUUUCCUAAUAAGGAACCUCAUGAGAACUACAAAGAUGAGCUACUGGAUAAUGUUAACGCUGGGCUGCUGAACGUUGUGUCACUUGAUAUGUUUAAGAAGCAAAACACAUUCAAUCACUUCAUUGAAUUUUUUAUGCUUAAAAAUUUUGCACAAGAAUCAUGUCAGCUUGCUUUAAAUUCAUCAGCUAUUAAAAAUGUUUUUAAUCAAGGUCGUCGUGAACCAUUUGAUCUUAUUAUUGUUGAAAUGUGGAAUACUGACUGCAUGUUGGGAGUUGCAGAAAAACUAAAGGCACCGAUUAUUGCAUUAAGCAGCUGUAACAUCAUGCCCUGGCACACAACUAAACUCGGAUUACCCUACGAACCUGGAUUUUUACCAACAACAUUCGUAGGUUAUUCUGAUCACAUGUCAUUCGGAGCAAGACUAUCAAACUGGUUGACUCUCGCAUAUAUGAACUUUAUGUACAAAACAUUCGUACAAAAGAACGACAAUACUUAUCUCAAGCGUAAAUUUGGUGACGAUUUUCCUAAGACUAGCGAAUUGAUAAAGAAAGUCUCUAUGGUGUUUGUAAAUCAACAUUAUUCGUUGAACGGUGCGAAGCAUUUAUCGCCAAAUGUCGUUGAACUUGGAGGAGUACACAUCGGAAAGCCGAAACCUCUCGAUCCAGAGUUACAAAAAUUGCUUGACACAGCUGAGCAUGGUGUUAUAUAUAUUAGCUGGGGAUCAAUGGUAAAAGCUGAUACAUUGUCGGAAGAGGCACGCGAAGGGAUUUUGAGAGCAUUAGGAAAAUUCAAACAACGAGUGAUAUGGAAAUAUGAGAAUGAGACGCUCCCAAAUCAACCUCCAAAUGUUUUCAUCAGAAAGUGGAUGCCUCAACGUGAAAUCUUGUGUCAUCCAAAUGUUCGUGUGUUUAUGACUCAUGGAGGAUUAUUGGGAAGCUUAGAAGCUGUUUAUUGUGGUAUCCCAGUUGUAUCUACUCCAUUUUAUGGUGACCAAUUUUUGAAUUCAGCUGCUUUAGAGCAUCGUAGUAUGGGUGUUGUGCUUAAUUAUAUAGAUAUGAAUGAACAGACAGUUCAUCACGCUUUGCGAAGAGUUUUAGACCCAAAGUUCCGACAAAAUGCAAAAAAAGUUCAAUACUCAUUCAAGCAUCGUCCGUUACCACCAAAAGAAGCUGUUGUUUACUGGUCAGAAUAUGUAAUUGCUACAAAAGGAGCUGAACUUGUGAAACCUUAUUCUGUUCAUGCAAAUUGGCUUGUAUAUUCCGGAACAGACAUUUUCCUUUUUGUUUCUCUUAGCAUAAUCACAUUCAUUGGAACUUUAAUAUACCUUAUAAAAAAGUUAUUUAAAAAUGGAAAUAAGAAAACCGACAAAGUUUCACAGGAGAAGAAAAACAAGUAAAAGUUUGCGAUAUAAAUAAUUUGAAUCUACCUCUGGGUAGCAUAAUAAAGCCAAAUUGUACCUAAUGUUUACAAAAUAAAAAUAGAUGUACGUUUAAGUCUUUAA